AACGACGUCAAGCCAAAUGGGGGAUGGUGCAAGAGACCAAAGCCAAGUGUUGACAAAGGUCGCGUGUUGGAGAAAGAGCAAAGCACGCGACGAUGAGAGCGCAAAGCUGGAGGGGAAGAGAGAAAGAGCACGAGAGAGGGGGGAUAUAUACGUAAGGGGAGGGGACGGAGAGACAUUGUACACACGGGUACACAUGGGUAGGUAAAUGAGCAACGGAUGGCCAUUACCGAGAAUGGACAAGUGAUUGAAUUGAAAGGGACUCUCAGUUUAUUGUUCUUGACUUCAAGCGUCUCUGACGUGGGAAAUCUAUGUGAACUAGACCCGGAAAUGAAUCAUUGUAAACGUGGUUACUUGAAGAAUAGAAUACAUACACAACGUUGUUGCUUGAAAGUGAACAUCCUCACCAAACACAACGUCGGCACGGCCCGUGCCGUGUCCACGACCCAGUCUCUCUUACCUCCACCUCAGCUUCGACGUAAACCGAGUCUCAAACCCCCCGAUUCAACCCUCCAGGGGCAAUCCAAGAGAAGAAACUUGCCCAACUCUGGUUCCACAAAAACUCCACUCUCGUACCUGAAUCACACACCCACAAAACCUUGUCCAAUUUGUCCAACCCUUGACGACGGUAUAUACCAACCUUCCCCUUCAACACAUAAGUAUACCAGAAUACAGCCUGGGAACGUAUCAGAAAACCAUGUUGACUCAGCAAAUGGUGUCAUCGGCUAACAUGAAAAAGAUAAAGGGAGGGCGGGAACAUCAACGCGCUGCUUCGUUGGUGAGGACUCAACGAGGCUUACUUAUCAAACAAAAAAUCGAUCUUCCAACUCUCCUCUCUCCCGUUCUCAUUCAUCACCUGAUUAACC